AUGAUAAACAAUUAUGAAACAGAGACUCGGGGAAGAGGCUUCCUGUCUCAAGAAAAUAUCACUUCACUCAAAUCAGUCCUGAAGGAGGGGAAACUUGCAGAAGCAGUAGCUUUAAUUAAUAAGAAAAUUGAAGACGUGGAUAAUGCCCUUCUGAACAUUGCAGUAACAGGGGAGUCAGGCUCAGGGAAGUCCUCUUUCAUCAAUGCCUUCCGGGGGAUUGGGAAUGAAGAUGAUGAUGCUGCUAGCACUGGGGUUGUGGAGACAACAACAAACAUUUCUUCUUAUGAACACCCUAAGUUUCCCAAUGUAAAGUUUUGGGACCUGCCAGGCAUUGGGACCCCUAAUUUCCAACCAAAGAGUUAUCUAAAACAAGUGAACUUCAGUGACUAUGAUUUCUUCUUCAUCAUGUCCUCAUCAAGAUUUCGAGACAACGAUGCAAAACUUGCUCAGGAGAUCAGACAGAUGGGGAAGAAGUUUUACUUUGUUAGAACCAAGAUAGACAGUGAUUUGGAUAAUGAAAGGAAGGCUAAGCCCAAGUCCUUCAACAGGGAGAAUGUUCUGCAGCAGAUACGAAAGAACUGCUCACAACAUCUUCAGAAAGUAGGAACUGAGGAACCACAAAUCUUUUUAAUUUCCAACUUUGAAUUAGCAUCCUUUGACUUCCCUAAGCUGCAGGAUAUUUUGACAAAAGAGCUUCCAGAGCACAAACGCCAUGUCUUUUUGCUAUCCCUACCCAAUAUUUCUGAAGAUAUAAUUAACCAAAAGAAAGCUACUCUUCAGGAGAAGAUCUGGUUGAAGGCUUUGAAGUCUGGUCUUCUUUCCACUGUCCCUUUUGUAGGAUUCUUUAGAGAAGAGAGUAUUGCUCAAUUGCAGAAUCAUUUGAAUGAUUAUCAAAGAGACUUUGGAGUAGAUGAUGCAUCUCUCCUUAAGAUCUCCCAGGAAUCAAAUAGGUCUAUAGAAGAGCUGAAGACCCUUAUCAAGUCUCCACAUCUGUUGACAAUUAAGAAGGAUGAAAACCUCAGUGAGAAACUUUUGAGGUGGGCUGAGAUAUUCUGCUCACUGAAUGGAGGUCUACUUGCCACUGGCCUCUACUACAGAAAGAGUUACAAAAUACAAUCAUAUUUCCUUGAGACAGUGGCUGAUGAUGCUAAAAUUCUUCUCCUCAAGGUAUGGGAAUCCCCUGUUUGA